AAGCAUAUGAUGAUUCACACAGGUGAAAAGCCGUUUUCAUGUGUGAACUGUGGAAAAGGUUUUAGUCACAAACAGGUUUUAACUCGGCACAUGAUGAUUCACACUGGUGAAAAGCCGUUUUCAUGUGUGAACUGUGGAAAAAGUUUUAGUCAAAAACAGCAUUUAACUCAGCACAUGAUGAUUCACACUGGUGAAAAGCCGUUUUCAUGUGUGAACUGUGGAAAAGGUUUUAGUCGAAAACUUAGUUUAACUGAACACAUGAUGAUUCACACUGGUGAAAAACGAUUUUCAUGUGUGAACUGUGGAAAAGGUUUUAGUCAAAAACAGUAUUUAACUCAGCACAUGAUGAUUCACACUGGUGAAAAGCCGUUUUCAUGUGUGAAAUGUGGAAAAUGUUUUAGUCACAAACGGAUUUUAACUCGGCACAUGAAGAUUCACACUGGUGAAAAGCCGUUUUCAUGUGUGAAAUGUGGAAAAAGUUUUGGUCAAAAACGGAUUUUAACUCAGCAUAUGAUGAUUCACACAGGUGAAAAGCCGCUUUCAUGUGUGAACUGUGGAAAGGGUUUUAGUCACAAACAGGUUUUAACUCGGCACAUGAUGAUUCACACUGGUGAAAAGCCGUUUUCAUGUGUGAAAUGUGGAAAAAGUUUUAGUCAAAAACAGUAUUUAACUCAGCACAUGAUGAUUCACACUGGUGAAAAGCCGUUUUCAUGUGUGAACUGUGGAAAAGGUUUUAGUCGAAAACUUAGUUUAACUGAACACAUGAUGAUUCACACUGGUGAAAAG